AUGGUGCUCACAUUGUGGUCUUUACGUCCACGCUACACCCAACUACCUGACCUAUGUAAAGCAUAUGGUUCUAUUUCAAGCUUUUGCACAUUCAAGAUAAAUCAUGGAGGUUCGUUCACAAAUAUGGUAUCUGGAAGGUCAUACAUAGAUGGGCUUGUUGAUCAUUUUGGUUUUGUGGACAUAGAUGUGUUUUCAGUCCACGAGUUAGAUGAUAUGAUGGAAGUUUUAGGGUACAAUGAUGGAGGGGAUGAGCACCAACCAAAAGGGGAUGUUGAUCCAAUGGAUGAUUAUGAGGUAAUGUGGGAUGUGGACGCAGAAUAUGGUGGGGGAAAAAAUCUACAUAAUGUUGAGUUUUUUGAGGAUGAAUACAUUGGAAGUAAGGAAAGUGUUAGUGAGGGUCCUGGGAGUGAGGGUAGUAGGAGUGAGGGUAAUAUGAUAGAUGAUGAGAGUGAGGACGAAGACUUCUUUGUGGAUUUAGAAAAUAUUGUAGAUGAUGUGGAUGUUGAUAUGAAAGAAUUUCAUAUACAUGUUGAUGAAUAUGUUGAGUGGGUUCAAAAAACCACCAAAGAAAAGUGGUAG